CUUUGAGUGCCAUGGGAUAUAGCAAUUAACACCUUGGUAGACCCUGGCCACUCCAGGUAAAUAACAUCUGUUUAGAUUAGGCUCCGCCUACAUUUUCACUGACCGUACGGUCAUGAGAUGGGUCUUUAAAGACUUGAAGGAUACAUGGAUGAACAUUUAUCCGGGAAACAAUCGAACUUGUUCUGAAUAAUACUAGUUAAUUUUCUUCCGGUGAAAUGCCAGCAUGGCGUCCAAUGCAGAUAAUGCUGGAGACGAAAAACCGGAUGGAAUAGAAGCAAUGGAAUUUGCUUUUGCUGAAGAGGACUUGGCCAUCUCCAGUUCCAAUGCCAUAGAUACUAAGUUUGACGAGGCUGUGGGUCAUAUUGAAGAUAUCAUAAUGGAAGAUGAAUUUCAGACUUUACAGAAUAAUUUUAUGGAAAAGUAUUACCUUGAAUUUGAGGACACAGAAGAAAACAAAUUCUGUUACACAGAUAUACACAGAGAAUAUAUAGAGCUGAUAGAAAAAUAUCUUGAAGAAGAAUUGUCCAAAAGGAUAGAAAAUUUUUCCAUGGGAGAGUUUACCAAAGUGAUUAUGGAACGCAAAAAUGAGCUUGAGGGUGAAAUCUUUGAGAUGCUGCUUACCUUUAGUGACUUUGUAGCUUUCAAGGAAAUGUUCCUGGACUACAGAGCUGAGAAAGAAGGUCGUAACGUAGACCUGAGUAUGGGAAUCACUGUCACCUCCCUGCAGGGUGGUCCAGACGACGAGGACGAUGACAUGGAGGACCACGAUAUGCACUUCCCUGGAGGCUUAUCAUUAACAGGACAUUCGUUUGCCCCACAUCACUGAUACUUGCAGUCUUUUAGAUCUCUUUUUAAAUUUUAAAUUAUGUUGCCAACAUGUGUCAGUAUCAAAGUUUAUCCAAUUCACAAUUCUGUACCUCUACCUCCGUCCAAUGUUAUGUAAAGUUUUUAUUUUAAAGCAGCCCCCCCCCCCCCCCCCCUCAAAUUGUUGCUUUUAAACAAUUGAUGUAUCUAUUCUACACAGUGCAUGUUUAAUUACGAAUUCUGUGUGCACUUCAGCAAGGUACAUGUGCAUAUUCCAGUUAAUUUGGCAUUGCUUGUAAUAGUCUGUGCUAAAUAGUGUUUGUAUUGUAAAAGUGAAGAUUUCAUAUGUUGUACUUUACAUUGCACCAAACUUGUAACAUUUUGUAGAAUCUUAAAAGUUUAAAAUGUGUUCAGACAAAUAUUGCUUUGUAAUAGAAAAUAUCCGCACAUGAAAUCAGUGGAUUAUCAGGUGCAAUCAAUUUUAUGAAUACCAACCAAAUACAAUGUAUAAUGAAAUGCAACUUUGUCCCUUUUACCCUAUGAAAUGUUGUAUUUAUUCAAAGGUGAUAUCCGUCCGGACAUAUAUAGUGUAUUGCAUAGAAAUAUAAAUGUUUAUUGGUCCCUCACCAAAAAUGUUUGAAAUUCUUACAAUGAAAUUUAUAACUAACAUUGGUUAGUGCACUGUUUAUAUUUCUUUUAGUUUCACAACCCUUUUAAAAAUGGUGGAACUACAAUCAGCAUGUGCUGUCAAAAAAGACAGUGCUUGGGUGCUUUGUAAUGAAGCCACACAGUGGCAGUAUUUGAUACAUGUUUAAUGGAGAGAAACUGAGAGCUCUUCUUGUCUGAAGUUGUAAAAUCUGUUGUUGGAAAUGAUUUUGUUGUAUGAAAUAUGUAUUUCUUUAUGCACAAAAAUUGUUAUCUUUGUACAUCAAAAAGUAGCUUAUAUACAAAUUUUCCAUUUAUUCUUAUCAGUUAUUUACUGCUUUUGAAAAAAAAAAUUGUGUUGCAGAAAGGAAGAGAUGAUAAUACUAGAUUCUGUAUGAGAGAGAAUUUGUGAAAGAUUUGAAUGAUGAGAAAUGGAGAUGAUGCUUUGUGUGUGUGUGUGAACACUGUUUGUUUCUUUGGAAAAAAAAGUAUUUAUUUAUAUUGGAAACUGUCUUGAUAUUAAAAACAUCACAUCUAUAAA